AUGGGGAGCUCAACCGAUAAAACACACGCCGCCUUCUUCUAUGGCACACUCAUGGCACCUGAGGUCUUCUUUACAGUGUGCUAUAGGUCUUCCACGGUUGAUAUUGCCAUAUUGAAGAGCCUACAUCAGUUCCAGCCAGCUAUCCUUCAUGGACACUGCCGCCGUCGAGUCACAUUUGCAGACUAUCCAGGCGUGAUACCAGACCCCGACCAUGAAGUUCGAGGGAUGUACGUAACUGGCCUAACCGAUGCCAAUAUGUAUCAUCUAGACCUAUUUGAGGGUUCUGAGUAUGACCGGAAGACUGUCAAAGCACGGCUGUUGACCACAAUCGGCGAUGACAAGGGGAAUGGGAAUGUAGAAGGCGAAGAAGUCAAGUGCGAGAUUUACAUUUUCAACGACCCCGCCAGCUUAGAAGACCGCGAGUGGGAUUUCGAAGAGUUCCGUACCCAAAAGAUGAAGAAAUGGACAAGGGAAGACUACGGUUUUGACGGCAGCGAUCAUUUCGCGCCGCAGACUGUCGACAGUGAUGAAAAGACAGCAGCUAUCUGUGAGUGA